GGUUCCUGUUGCGAGCAAUGCGCGCGAGAAAGACUGCUUGUAAACAGCGCUAAAACGUGAGGUUUGGUGAGCUCUCGGCUGGUUUCGGCAACUCCUUCUUCCCAUCUGUUCGGUGCCAGACGUCUUGAAAAUGUCAAAACGAUCGAACAGGGCUGUUGAUCACGACCCGGAUGAAGAGACGGUCUCAUCCAAUACCAAGAGGCUCAGAAAUGGUGUCGCGGAUUCAUUGCUGAGCCCGUCGCAGACUGUGGCACAGCUGGAUCGUACCGUCGGCAUAAUAGAGUCCGUGCACUUGAAGAACUUCAUGUGCCAUAGCAAGUUGGACUUCAAGUUCUCCGAGCAGACAAACUUCAUCAUCGGGAGGAAUGGAAGUGGGAAGAGUGCUAUCCUCACAUCUCUGAUUGUUGGCCUUGGUGGAAAGGCCAAUACUGCUUCGCGUGGAACCAGUGUCAAGAGCCUGGUGGAAACCGGCAAACGCGCGGCAGAGGUGACUAUCAGACUUCAGAACAAAGGUAAUGAGGCCUUCAAGCACGACGAAUAUGGAGACUCCAUAUUGAUUACCAGGAGAUUAACAGUUGACGGCUCGUCCCAGUACAAGAUCAAGUCCUGCAACGGUGCUGAUUCGACCAAGAAAGAGGAACUGACUCGCAUUAUGGACCACUUCAACAUUCAGAUUGACAAUCCUGUGAUGAUCUUGAACCAGGAAACAAGCCGGAAUUUCCUACAGAGCAAGAGUGCACGAGACAAGUUCAAUUUCUUCAUGAAGGCCACACAGCUUGAAAAGCUCCAGGCCACGUACAGCAAGAUUGAUGAAGAAAGGGCGGCGACGGACCGAGAGCUCACUCUGAAAGAAAAGCUGCUACCAGAGCUGGAACGGGACGUGAAGCGGCUUGAAAAGCUUUGGCGAGCGUUUGAGAACUUGGAGGACCAAAGGGUGAAGCUGCAGCGGCUGAAAGCCGAGGUGCUUUGGGCUAGGGUCAAGGAAAAAGAAGACGUGAUGCUGCAGACUGAAGCCGCUUACCAGAAGGAAGACAGGGCACUCUCGAAGCUGGAGGAGAAAAUUGCCGAAGUUGAUCAAAAGAUCGAAGCACACACCAAGCUGCAGCAGGAUCUUCAGGCCAAGCUGAACGAGGCUCUCGAGCGCGUCCAGGCGAUGCAGCCGGCCAUGAUGUCUGGCCGCAAGGAGUACACCAUCAAGAAGGAGCAAAUGCGCGAGAAGGAGCAGGCGAUUGCGCGGGUUGAUCGGGAGCUUGCAGGGAAGCGCAAGGAAGCCGAGGCCUUGAAGAGCCGGAUAAAGGAGCUGUGCACAUUGGACACCGGCAAGCAGGCCGAAGAAAGGGCACAGCGCGAGGCCCAGAUCCGGGAUCUGGAGACAAGGAAGGAAGAACUUCGAUCGCACCUCCGCACCUCUGAGCACCACUGCGAGCAGGUCAAGUCGUCGGCGGACGAGUGCUUAGCGAAGCUGAAUGCCAUCAAGGCUGAGCUACGUGAGCUCAACGACAAUAUUCGAGUCCUGUCCAGCUCCAUCCAGAACUUGCAGGCCAGCAAGAAGAACAGCCUGCAGCGCUUUGGCCGCCAUAUGCCCACGUUACUGCGUGAAAUAGAUAUCGCCGUGUCCAAGGGAAGGUUCAAGAAACACCCCAAGGGACCCCUCGGGUCACUGAUAAAGCUGAAGGAUCAGCGAUGGGACCUGGCCACAGAGUGCUGCCUCGGAGGCGCCUUGUUCGCUUUCUUGGUGGACAACGACCACGAUGCCAGGACCCUGCGGCAGAUCAUGGCGAAAGUCAUGGGUGCCGAGCGCAAGCCGACCAUCAUCACUAGUUCCUUCAUGGGAACCGUUUACAACUACAAGCACAAAGCAAUGCGCUCGUCGAGGUAUGUAAACCUCUUGGAUAACCUCGAAAUUGAAGAUCCGGACGUGAUCAACUGCCUCAUCGAUCAGAAAGGGCUGGAAAAGAUUGCUCUCAUCGACACCAACCACGAGGCCCGAAACGUGAUGAGCAACACUGCCACCGUCCCUACAAACUGCUCUGAGGCCUUCACGGCACUGGGCGAUCAGCUGUUCCCGUCACCCGAGUUCCGUUACUACUCAUCGUCGAAGCAGCGGGCCGAACUGCUCAAGGAAAACGUGGAGGAUCAGAUUCGGGAAAAGAAAUCAGAGCUUGCCGACACAAAGAGACGGUUGAACGAAGUGGAGGCCAUGUUCGCUGACGCUCAAGCUGAACUGCAGCAGAGUCGGAAGGAGGCUGGCCGCCUGACUGCCCAGUUGGACUCGAUGAGGCGUGAAGAGGUCAAGCUGUCUUCCCAGAUUCGAGAGCUUGCGACCGUUGAAGAGCCCGAGCCAACAAAUGUUUCCAUUCUGGAGAAAAUGCUGCAAAAGGUGGAAGGCGAGAUAAGUGGCAUUCAGGAGGAGCUCAUGGCUCUCAAGGAACAGCAGAUGGAACUUCGCGCGACGCUGAAGGCGGAGGCAGCUAAGCUCCGGGAAAUCGAGGAAGGCCGGACAGAGCUGCUCAAAGAGAGCAACGACAUCAAGACAAAGUUGCUCGAUGCGGACGCGUCGUUGCAGAAGGAUAAAAGCCAGAUGCAAGGCCUCGAAGAACAAAAGAAGGCCGUCGAACAGAGUCAGUUGGCCUCGGAGAGGCAGCUGAAGACUUUCAGCCAACAACUUAAAGAACUGACAGAGAAGGCGCUCGAAGUUUCGUCUGAGCGUAUCUCGUCUCGAAGGAAGCCGGCCGCCAUUACGGCAGAAAUUGAAGCUCUAGAGAGCCAGUUGCAAGUGGAAGAAAGGAGGAAGGGCAACAAGGACGAAAUAGCCAAACAGUACGAGUCAUCCGUCGCGAAGUACGCAAACGUCAAGGACAGAGUUCAGGAGCUACGAGCGUUUGUGUCGGAACUCGAGGAAAUGUUGAACGUUCGACAUGACAGGUACGCAGAGAUUUGCCGUCAGACAGUGAUGCGUCUGCGCCUCGUCUUUGGAACAACAUUGCUGCAACAGAACUUCAAGGGGACCCUGGAUAUUGAUCACAACAAGCAGCACCUUACAAUCAGGGUGGAGCCCAAGGAAGGUGUGAGUGGAGACAACGUUCACCAGGACCUGAAAGCCUUGUCAGGUGGGGAGCGCUCCUUCUCGACCGUCUGCUUUAUGCUUGCCCUUUGGGAAGCUAUGGAGUGUCCGUUCAGCAUCAUGGAUGAGUUCGACAUCUUCAUGGAUAUGGGAAAGAGGAGGGUGAGCCUCGAGAUGAUUCUCGAGAUGACUAGGAGGAAAUCUGCCAACCAGUUUGUGUUCCUCACUCCACUCGAGUUGCCCGCCAUCGAUGCUCUCCAGCACGUGAACAUCAUGGUAAUGCCGGAGCCAAGCCGCAAGCGCCCGGCUGUGGCGGCAGCCCGAAACGACGCCGACGAUGAAUAGGCACUGUGAUACUUAUGCGGAGUUUUAGUUCAAGUUUAAUCCUUGCGAAGGGUUUUCGCACCUAAUAGUUAAUAUACGAAAGUUUUUAUUUAUUGCUUUUUAAUUUAAUGUACGUCUGAUAAUGGUUACUUUUUUUUCACUAGAGAAUGUUCUAGUCUGUUGCUUUAUUUAGCUUCAUUUAUCUAAUGUGAGAGGACCAUACGUAGUACUUGCGGUAUGUCUUUUUUUUUCUAAUGCGCGUAUUGAGUGCCUUUUUUCUUUUUAUGAAUUGACUUAUGGCAUGUAAUGCUGUAGUUCUCUACUGCAGUGCGCAAAGAAGCGCUCUACACUUUAUUAUCAUUUGUGCGUAUAACUUUUGGUAACCAAUAUAUUUUAGUGACGUUUUUAGUGUUUUAAUUCAAAGAUGCAAAUAAAAUCUGUACAAAUCCUACAGUUCGCCUAGUUGAAACUGCCUGGCAUGCUACGGCUGUGUGCCUUCUCCACACGCUGCAGCCACGCCUUAUCUGAACAUGUCUCUCUUGUACAUUAAAAAUGCCCAGCAGUGUCUGUUGAUUGUUUUGUUCAGUUGGAAACAGUACCAUAAUGUGAGCUAGUACUGGCGGGUUAAUGUAUUAAAGGUCGUUCUGCACUUCACGAUG